AUGCCUCCCAAGAAAAAGCCAGAUUGGAAAACCAGCCUAGCAAAAGAAUAUCUCUAUGACUUGGUUGCCGAUGGCCAAAUACCAGAUGGCAAUUCAUUGGAAGAGGUAGACGCAAGGGAGAUAUACGACCAGUACUGUCAGGGCCGACCAGAGUUUGGGCCUUACCCAUUUGACAAUAAGUUUGAAGCAAACUUGCUACGCAUCCGAAAUAAGGUUGCCGAAAAGGACGACCGAUCGGCAAUUGGCGCGGUGGCCUUGGCUCAUGAUCGAUUGAUUUUUCCGAAGCCCACGGAAGAUGUUUGGGGUGAGCCCGUGUGGCAGGACUCUGUGGCUCAACAGCUCCUAAUCGAAGACAUCGACGACAACAAACACAUCGAAUUACUGCCACGAUUUCUAUACGCAACAAGGCCGGAAUAUCAAGUCUAUGCGCUCGAUCGAUUUCGAAAUAGAAUCUAUCAAGAAGUUAAGAAGAUGAAGCGGGAAGCCUACAUGCUCGAGAAGUCAGAGAAGAAGCGGGAGAAACAGAUGGAGAAGCUAGCAAAGUAUAAUCUUGCGUAG